AUGACAAUUACCCGAGCCCGGCCUAAGAGAGAAUGCCAAUCGCUGGAGCAGGAUGUCAUUUCCAUCGAAGACUGUGUGCAAAGUAGACGCUUAAUACACAAUGAUCUGUACCAUAAAGUUACACCAGCCGAGGUGUCAUUGAUUCGAAGAUCAUUACUUGAUUGGUUUGAUCGCGAACAGCGCACCAACAUGCCCUGGCGUAAACCAGCCAUGCCAUCGGGGACGUAUUGCGGUCAAAGGGCUUACGAAGUAUGGGUGAGCGAAAUCAUGCUGCAACAGACUCAAGUCGCCACUGUAAUUGACUACUAUAAUCGGUGGAUGGAAGCGUUUCCUACAAUUUAUGAUUUGGCAACGGCUGAUCUAGAGACGGUGAAUAAGCUCUGGGCCGGUCUUGGAUAUUAUUCACGCGCUAGACGUUUGUGGGAAGGAGCCAGAAAAGUGGUGCAAGAGUUUGACGGCUGUUUACCGACAACCAGCAAGGAAUUGGAGAAACAUAUACCAGGCGUGGGUAGAUAUACUGCGGGUGCGGUAGCAUCAAUUGCAUACGGCCGCCAAACCCCCUUGGUGGACGGAAAUGUAAUCCGUGUGUUGUCCCGUUUACGAGCCAUUGGUGGUGAUCCCAAGAAAACCAAUGUUGUCGAAUUGGAAAUUGCUGCUGCUUUGGUUCCUGCAGACCGCCCAGGAGACUUUAAUCAAGCGUUGAUGGAACUGGGAGCGCGAAUAUGUACACCGUCGAAACCCAAUUGCGCUGCAUGUCCGAUCAGCGAACAGUGCCAUGCCUUGGCACAGGCGACGAUUCAAAAGCGUCUAAAUGCCGAUGCCUUUUGGAGCAUAGAUAACAAGAAACGCAAAUGGCAUCAUGAUUGCAAGAUCUGCCCAGAAAUUUUGUCGCCAAUGGAGACGGAUGAUUAUGCAGUCACAAGAUACCCGCUGAAAGUAGAUAAAAAGCCACCAAGGGAUGAAGAGUGUGCUGUAUGUAUCAUUCAGCAAACGUCGGAUAAACUGAAUGAACCGGUGUAUCUGAUAUCUAAACGACCCAAUACAGGCUUAUUGGCUGGAUUAUGGGAAUUCCCAAGCUUAGAGCUAGGCAAUCAAGCAACAACGUACAACGAACGUGCGGAGCAGGUUUCCGUAUUUUUGAAAAAUCGUUACAACCUUGAUUUACACUCGGGAAAGGUCGAACGUCGGGAUUUGGGAAACGUUGUUCAUCUGUUUUCUCACAUCCGGAAAGUAUACCAUAUCGAGUGGAUCAUUCUCGAGGGUGCAAUUGCAGGGACCGGCCAAUGGAUGACAUUGGCUGAAUUAAAAACAGCCGCCAUUCCGACGGGACUUAAAAAGGCGAUCCGAUUGCUGGAACAAUACCAAAAGGUUUGA